CACCGCCGGCUCCAGAGCUGAGGGAGCAGCGGAGAGAGCAGCGCCCGCCGCCCGCGCUGCGGCUCGGUCGCGCCGGCCCCGCGGGCUCCCGCCGCCGCCACCUCCACCAUGCAGCCGCCAGCCCUCGGCAUCCUCCUGCUCAUCGCCUGCUUCGGCAGCGCCCGGGGAAACCUCUCCCGCGACGAGAGCCAGCCCACGACGUCAGACGAGACCGUGGUGGCCGGGGGCACGGUGGUGCUCAAGUGCCAGGUGGAGGAUCCCGAUGAUUCCUCACUGCAGUGGUCCAACCCUGCCCAGCAGACCCUGUACUUCGGGGAGAAACGAGCCCUGCGGGAUAACAGGAUCCAGCUGGAGAGGUCCACCCCCAACGAGCUGACCAUCAGCAUCAGCGACGUGGUGCUGGCCGACGAGGGCGAGUACACCUGCUCCAUCUUCACCAUGCCCGUGAGGACAGCCAAGGCCCUGGUCACCGUGCUGGGAAUCCCCCAGAAGCCCCAGAUCUUCGGGCACGAGCAGCCCAUCGACGAGGAGAAGGUGGCGCGGCUCAUCUGCCGCUCGUCCGGCAGCAAACCCGCGGCGCAGCUGCGCUGGAGGAAGGGCAACAGGGACAUCAAGGACUCGGGCACCGAGGUGGUGGAGGACCCCAAUGGCAAGACCUUCACGGUGACCAGCAGGGUGGAGUUCCGUGUCACCAAGGAGGACAAUGAGGUCGAGGUCACCUGCACCGUGGACCACGAGUCCCUGCAGAACUCGGAGAGGUCCACCACGCAGAAGCUGCAGGUCCACUACAAGCCCACAGCGAAGAUCGAGCCGCACCCGCAGUACCCACGGGAGGGGGAGAAGCUGCAGCUGCAAUGUGACGGGCAGGGCAACCCCAUCCCGCAGGAAUUCCUCUGGGAGAAGGAGGGCAGCGACGCUCCCCUGCAGCUCAGCUCCGACAGCGUCCUCAUCUUCCCCUUCCUCAACAAGAGUGACAGUGGCACCUACGUGUGCACGGCCACCAGCUCCAUGGGCAGCGUGGUGGCCAAGUACAACCUGGACGUCAGCGAUGCCAGCCCGGUGCCCUCGACCUCCAGCACCUACCACGCGAUGAUUGGCGGGGUGGUGGCUGUCAUCGUCUUCCUCCUGCUCAGCCUCCUCAUCGUGCUGGGACAUUACCUGAUCAGGCACAAAGGCACGUACCUGACCCACGAGGCCAAGGGCUCGGACGACGCUCCGGACGCCGACACCGCCAUCAUCAACGCCGAGGGCGGCCAGGCCGGCGGCGACGACAAGAAGGAAUAUUUCAUCUAAAAGGGUCAGAGAGAGAGAGAGAGAGAGAGAAAAUGGAGCCAAGAGAACCCCGAUGGCAACGGCAACCAGACCACAAACCCCACAAAACCCAACAGAUUUUCUCUGGCGCCCGGCACGGGCGGACGGACGGACGGACAGAGGGAUGGCGGGACAGAGAGCAGGGAGAGCCACCGGCCUCGAGGCGCUGCUGACGCUUCUUGAACUUGUACAAAUCCUUCACUCCAACAGCGAGAGCCCCGGCCCCGUUUGCUUGCUUGCACCUCCAUCCCCACGCCCCGACCCCACAGACCAACCCGUGAGUGAGCGACUUCUUCCUUCUUCCUUUUGGACCUUUUUUAUUUUUUGGCUUUGGUUUCGUGGCUGCUCUUUGCUUCGGGCCCUUGGUUGGGGUGUUGGGCUGGGGUCGAUGUAGCUCUUCCCUUUGUUUCUCUCCCUUUUGGUUUCUUUGAUAUCCAAGGAUAAAAUCAGCUCCGGGUUCCCGGGGUGAGGUUGGGAUCCUGGGUGUCCCCGUUGUCCCCUCCCUGUGGUGGGGGGUGACUCCAGGUGGGAGCAGAGCGAGACCCUGCCCCGAUUUUAUCCUUGGUGGUUCUUGUGGAGCAGUGUCCAUGCGGGAGCAGAGCUGUCCUCGUGCAGUCAGUGUGUGAAAGGGGGUGAAAGCCCAGGGUGGGACCCCCAGAGACACCAGGAGCCCCCACAGCUCCCUGGUCCCACCCCAGCGGGAGGGGGGAGGGCUGAGGUUUAUUUUGGGGGGGCAAAUCUAGAGGAAAAGCCCCCAAUUUUUUUUUAAUUGUUCUUAAAUUCUCUGAUUGGAAAUGCCAAUUUGAACCAUCUAUUGAGAUGUUCAGUGCAGGAGGCAGUGCCCCUGGGGCUGGGGCUGCUUCCCUGGGACCCCCAGAGCAGGGCUGGGGUCCCUCUGCCCCCCUUCCCUCCCCAGCCCCUUCCCAGGACAGGGAUGAGCUUGGAAAGGGCUGAUUUUCUUCUUGGCUCUGAGAACCCCAACCAAAACUCCUGGAUUUGGGGUCUGGGGAGUUUGGGGUCACCACUGAGGCUUUGGAGGGGGGUUCAUCCUUCUUUCCUUGCCCUUCCUCCUGCCUCUUUCACCUUCACUUCCAAGACAAAACCAAACACCUUUCCCCACCUCUCCAGCUCAGCCCCCCCCCAAACCAGGCACCCCCAGGGUGGGGCUGCCCCCCUGGCAUCCUUAGGGCACCCCCAGCCUUGGCACGAGGUGUUCUGGGAUCCCAAAUCCCAGUCUGGGCACAAGGGGGUUGCAGGAGAUGCCCUUGGGCUGGGCAUCCUGGGGAUUUGGGGUUGUGUGGAGGGGAGGAACCCUUGGAGAGGGGGUAACCUCACCAGGGAGGUCACCCCAUGGAUUUUGGGAGGAGUAACCUCACCUGGGAGGUCACCUUGUGCAUGUGGGGUCGUCUGGAGGAGAAGGAACCCUUUAAGAAAUGGGUAAGCUCACCUGGGAGGUCAUUUCGUGGAUUUGGAGUUAUCUGGAGGAUGAGGGGACCUUUGGAGAGGGGGUAACCUCACCUUGGGAGGUCACCUCGUGGAUUUUUUGGGGGGUGACCUCAGCUGGAAGGUCUCCCCAUAGAUUUGGGGUUGUCUGGAGAAGAGGAACCCUUUGGGAUGGAGGUAACCUUAGCUGAGAGGUCACCCCGUGGAUUUGGGGUCAUCUGGAGGAGCCCUUUGGGAGGGGUAACCUCGCCUGGGAGGUCUCCCCAAGGAUUUGGGGUCAUCUGGAGGAUGAGGAGGCCCUUGGAAAGGGGGUAACCUCACCUGGGAGGUCACCCUGUGGAUUUUGGGAGGGGUAACCCCACCUGGGAGGUCACCCCAAGGAUUUUGGGAGGGGUAACCUCACCUGGGAGGUCACCCUGUGGAUUUGGGGUCGUCUGGAGGAUGAGGGGGCUCUUAAGGAAGGUGGGGUGGGAAGCCUCACCUGGGAGGUGCAGGAAGAAUUUCACCACCUCUUCCACAGGGCUGGAAGUGCCACCCCCCAAACCCUGCCAGCACCUGGCACCUGUGGCACCUGGCUCAGGUGAGGCAGAGGAGGCCCAGCCCGGUGCCACGCACGGGGAUGUGACACUGGGGACACUGCAGAGGUGACCAACAUGGCUCAGCUGUGUCAGGAGCGGUGCUGGCACUGGGAAGGAGCAGGACACGGAGAUUUUGAGGGUUUUUUUUUGUUGGCUACAGCCAUUUUUGGGGUGUUUUUCCUCCUUUCCAACCUCUGGGGGAUGAAUCCCGGGGCUGCCAACAACACUUGAGGUCCCCAGGACCGAGUCAUUCCUGCAAAUAAAAAUCACCCAGACGUGUUCUCCAGCAGAAUUCCAUCUCCUGGGGGUGGAGGGGUCCCAGGCAGAGCCAGGAGCAGGGGUGGGAGUGGGGCAGGCGGUCCCUGGGGCAGGGAGGUGGGAGCUGCCAGGGACAGGGGGGCUUUUCCCCCUUGGAAUUCAGUUGGUUCUGCUGCUCCAGAGCUCCAAAGGAGAACAGCCUGGUCUUGGUGGUUCUGAGGUGGUUUUGAGAUGGUUUUGAGGUGGUUUUGAGGUGCCACGUGCUGUGGGGUGUGGCAGGGCAGCCCAGGGAGCAGGCAGGGACCUGUGGAGGUGUCACCUGGCCCGGUGUCACCUGCAGGUCACAGAGAGGGGCUGGGAGGGCUCAGAGAUUCCACCUGAGGCCACUUGUGGCAGUGGGAACCAAAGGGUUUGGUGGAGCUGGGAGCAGUGGAGGAGAUGUGUCACCUGGGGGUGACACCAGCGUGGCCCUGGGGUGACAGGGACCCUCCCAGACUGGGAGGACUCCAGGUGGAAGCUGUGACAGGGACACUCCAUGUCACCACAGUGACAGCGAGUCCCUGACCCUUUUGGGGUCACUGUGUGGAGUCCUUGGGGGUGACAGACACUCAUGUCACAGAGGAGCAGGGGCUGGGUGGCCUGGGGGUGACAAGCGGGGUGUGGCCCCUGUCCUUGUCCCCUUGGGGGUUGGUGAUACCGCGUUGUAGCUAUGAGAGGUGUGACACCACAGACAGGGGGAGGUGGCAGGGUCAGUGUCACCGUGUCUGGGACAGCCCAGGCCACCACCCCAUCCUCAGGGGGUCCUGUUGGUGGCCCCACAUCCACCCAGUCACGGGGGUUGGGUCACCAGGAGGAUUUGGGGACCCCCUGGGAGGCUGUGGCUGCUUCCUGGCCGGCACUGAACUCUCAAUAGACACGAAAGCCAUAUUUUGGGGAGCUCUGGAGAGGCCAGGGGUGGGGCCAGAGGCUGGGCUGUGUUGUUGUGCUGUGUUUUUUUGUCUGUACAUAAAAGGGAGCCAACGACCGUCGAUGUGACUUUAUAACCUUUCUAAUAUCCUGUGCUAAUAUCGGAAAAUAAUCCUAUAAAUAUAUCUGGAUUACACACCUUA